AUGACCGCCUUGCACCCGCGCCUCGAGCCUGCCAUGGAUACCUGUAGAAACUCGGCAGACAGCGAGCUCAGCACAUGCGAGACCGUCUUCAGUCUAGCCGCCAGCGCACGAUCGGAUGGCACACUGACACACGGCGCCGCUGAGUGCGGCGACGGCUCGCACAGUUCAUCCCGUAGUCUAAAGCGUGAACAUCGGUACUUAGCGUGGCUCGCACUUCUCGUUUGUGCGAUUCUGUCAGGUAGCACAUGGACCGCCGCGGCACCCCAUGCGUGGUACAAGCCAGUCUCAUACGAAGAGCAGGGCAUCAAAGUCGAGCCUGAGCAAAGAUUCCAGACACGCAGCACAUGUGCUAAUCCUUACGUAGAGCCAGGCUUUCUAGAAUACAGUGCUCUCGAUCCGCUACAGACGAGAUGGCGUCCGUAUCUGACAGAAUGUGUGUCACCGCCGGAUUAUCUUGAACUCUUGCGGCUCGCUUGUCCGACCGAAAGAACGGGGACCACAGACAGCGAAGUUUUCAAAGCAGAUUGGCUCAGGUACAAACACUUCGACUUGUCGGGUCAGCCGGAGCGCCGUUAUAAAGGCAUGACCGUCGGCCAGAUUGAGCUGAGCAAGGAAAGCCAGCUCGCGUACCGCGAGUUGACCUGGCUUCGCAACAAGACAGUGCUUAUAUUGGGUGACUCGAUCGAUCGAAAUGCCCUAGAGCAUCUUGCCACUUUGACGGACCAGACAAUCAUGCGAACUUCUUAUGAAAAUGCACAUAAUCAGACAAUUCCCACAGGCUGGGAAGAACGAGCCUUGCCGCACAUCAUACACUUUAAGCGACUCAAUCUACGCAUCAUUUCCAACUUUUUUUAUGGCGCAGACGAUCGCAACACAUUCAGGAUCCAAUCGGAUUGGCAUCCACCUGGGCUCUUCGAGGAUCGCGUUGAUCAGCUCUUUCUGCCCUUCAUCAAAGAUCUUGAUCUGCCUUCCGGCAGGCCAGAUUAUCUCUCCUUUGCCACGGGGUUGUGGGACAGCGCCAUGUUCGGGCGCCUUGACAAGCUUAACAAUAGAACAACGGAGACACCCCUGACGACAGCACAGACUGAUUGGACUCCAUCGCGUUGGGGAGCAGCACGUCGACGCUACCUCUCACUUCGACUGGCAAACUGGCAACCGAGAGCGCUGGACGAACUUCUUUCCAGAUGUCAGGCUGCAUCAGCUGCGCAGCGUUGCACAAGCUGUCGCGCAGCAGCAUGGCCUGCAUUAUUACGAUUUUGCUCGUGUAUGGGAGGGACAUCAAAAUCGCGCCUGGGGCGUCCAUCCGGACCUUUAUCCAGGUGGUGCCGCCAUCAAUCAAGCACUCUUUCAUUACAUGAAGCUUGCACUGCGUACAUGACGUCGAGACCGGCAUACACGCAUGACGGCGGACAAUCCCAGAGCACCGUCCGCCAGUGA